AUGAGAUCCGUGGCUUAUUUCGUCAACUGGGCCAUCUAUGGUCGGAAUUACAAUCCCCAAGACCUCCCCGCCGAAAAAUUGACCCAUGUGUUGUAUGCUUUCGCCAAUAUCCGCCCAGAUAGUGGUGAAGUAUACUUGACCGAUAGCUGGUCAGAUGAGCAGAAGCAUUACUCUGGCGACCCAUGGAACGAUACUGGCAACAAUGUCUACGGAUGCAUCAAGCAGCUCUAUCUCCUCAAGAAACAGAAUCGCAAGCUGAAGGUUUUGCUGUCCAUCGGUGGUUGGACCUACUCCUCCAACUUCGCUCAGCCCGCUAGCUCUGAUGAGGGACGGAAUAAGUUUGCCGAGACAGCGACCCGGCUGGUUCUUGACUUGGGCUUUGAUGGAAUUGAUAUUGAUUGGGAAUACCCUACUGAUGACGGUCAAGCACAGAACCUGGUUGAGUUACUUCGAACCUGCCGGCAACACCUUGACCAAGCAAGCGCAGGACGCAAAUUCUACUUGACAGUCGCCUGUCCUGCUGGCCCAAGCAAAUUUAACCAGCUCAAGCUCGCGGACAUGGACCAGUACCUAGAUUUCUGGAACCUGAUGGCCUACGACUACACCGGAAGCUGGGACUCCAAUGCCGGACACCAGGCAAACAUCUUCCCAUCCGGCAGUAACCCAGUCUCAACACCAUUCUCUACCGUGAACGCCGUAGACCACUACGUUAACUCCGGCGUGCCAUCCUCAAAGAUUGUUAUGGGUAUGCCGCUGUACGGUCGCGCCUUCAAUAAUACCGAUGGCCCCGGUACCCCAUACAAUGGCGUCGGUGAGGGAAGCUGGGAGAACGGUGUAUGGGACUAUAAAGCGUUGCCCCGACCGGGAGCUGCAGAGCUAACAUCUCCCGAUAUUGGCGCUUCGUGGUGCUAUGACUAUGGAUCCCGUACGAUGAUCUCGUAUGACGAUCCGCAGGUCUGUCGGCAGAAGGCUGAUUUCGUGAGACAGCGCCAGCUUGGUGGCGGGAUGUGGUGGGAGAGUAGCGGUGACAAGGGAGGUAGGGAUGCGGACCCUGGAGCAGGGAGCUUGAUCGGUACAUUUGUGGAUGCUGUGGGUGGCGUCGGUGCAUUGGAUAACUUGGAUAAUGCUCUCAAUUUCCCGGAGAGCAAGUAUGAUAACCUGCGUGGUGGGAUGUGA